AUUCUUGUAUUCAUUCAAAUAAUAAACUUCAAAACCCUCUCAGAAAAAUAUUCUCGUGGACAUUUUUCACAAAAACAUUCGAAAAGUUGAAGCUAUUCUGAAAAUGGGAAAAGAAGCGUACGCAACAUUUGUCCGCAACGAGGUCGAGCUGGAAGACGCAUUAAUUUUGCUGAAAUCUAUCAAGGAAACUAAAUCUUUUAAAAAAGUUUUGGUUUUGUUCGAUUCGGGGAAUCUUGAAAUCGGCUCGUGGAAAAAGUUGGCCAACCAGUUUGACGACAUGGUACAACUGAUAAGCUUUCCUGGACUCAAAGUGGAUUUCUGGAGUCAGCUCAUGCUCACUUGCUCAACACUUUUGGACUUUGAUCGGAUUUGCUUGAUUGAGCCUUCGGCAUUGGUUUUGAAAAAUGCUGACUCACUUUUUUCACACGAUCCUGCAAAAAUUGUUUUUGGGCCUGGAUUGUUUAUCUUGCAACCUGGCACAAAUGCCUCUGAGUACCUGUUUGAUUAUCUGAAGAAUGAGUUGGAAUCUGAACCCACAUUUCAUAAACUGAAGGAUGUGUUGAUUAAUGAGUCAAGGGCGGUGUAUUUUAAGAAACAAUUUCUGGCUGACUUGAAAAAUCCAGAAUUUUCACUUGAACCACCCACAAAAAUUGUUUUUCUUGGAGAAUCCAUCCACGAAACAACAGAUAGAGUCAAGGACUUGUUUGAUUUUCGAAAUAAAAUUAAACUACUUCCCUACUCCAAAUCGGAAAGUACUGCCGAGCCCAUCGCCGUUAUUGGAAUCUCAUGCCGAAUGCCGGAUUCUAACGGCGUGAACGAAUACUGGAAGACAUUUCUGGACGGCAAAUGUGUAAUUCGGCCUCAUCCUGAAGGUCGAUGGAUGUCUGAGCAAAUUGGUACAAGCGAUAAGGGCAAAAUAGAGUGUGGCUUUCUACCUUGCCCAGUGGAGGAAUUUGAUGGCGAUUUUUUUGAAAUGAGCCCAGCCGAAUGUAACUUCACCGAUCCCCAACAACGAUUUCUGCUGGAGGUUUCAUGGGAAGCACUGGAAGAUGCAGGCAUAAAUCCGCAGAGUCUGGCUGGUACCAUGACCGGCAUAUAUUCUGGAUGUUGGGCACAGGACUAUCUUGACCUAAUAAAAACGUUUGCACCUCGACCAACCGGUGACCUGAGAUGGUAUAUGGGAAGCGGAUUUGCAUCAGGAUCGGCACGAUUGGCACACAUUUACAAGGUACGAGGCCCCAGCCUUACAGCUGAGGUUGCGUGUUCCUCAUCCUUUGUCGCGGUAGGUCAAGCAGUACAAGAUUUAAGACGUGGGGCGUCCAAUCUUGCAAUUGCGACAGGUGCAAACCUUAUUAUCAAGCCCACCUUCCAGAAUGAUGUCGUCCUAUCCAAGGACCACAGGUGCAAAACUUUUGAUUCCGCUGCUAACGGAUUCACGAGAUCCGAGGGUAUCGCAGCCCUUAUUUUGAAGAGAUUGAGUGACGCAGUACGAGAUAGAGACCGGAUUCACUCAGUCAUUAUGGGUUACGGUGCAACACAGGACGGAGAAACUAAAAGCGUCGGGACACCCACCAUUGAAAUGGAAGCACUAGCAAUGGGACUAGCGUUGCGUGAUGCAGGAAUGAAGCCCGAACAAAUACAAGUUGUGGAGGCACACGGAACUGGAACGGCUAAGGGGGAUCCGCUUGAAAUCAAGGCCAUAUCGAAAUCAUACUCCACCUCGGAUAGGGCAGAUCCCCUUAUCAUAACGGCUGGGAAGGCAAAUAUCGGCCACAGCGAAAGCGCAAGCGGCAUUGCCGGGCUAAUAAAGAUUACAAUGGCCAUGAAACAUGGCCUGAUUCCAGUACAAAUUGGGAUUCAAACCUUAAAUCCAGAAAUUGAUUUGACAACUAUUCCUGCCAUUAUACCUUUAGCUGGUAGUAUGCCUUGGUGCCCAGCAUUUGAUACCCCUAAAGUUGCGGGAAUAAGUUCAUUCGGCUUUACUGGCACUAACACACAUAUUAUUUUACAAGAAGCUCCUAAAUCAAUAUAUAUUGAGAAUACAACGGAUUCGACUAUGCAGAGAAAUAUUAUAACACUUUCUGCCAAAUCGGAAGAGGCUUUGUCACAGCUUGUGCACAAUUACAAGACCCACUUGUCGAGCAACACACACAUGAGAUUGGAUGACAUCGCCUACACGGCUAAUAUUGGGCGAGCUAAAUUUUCUAACAGAGUUGCAAUCACUGCUAGAAACAAUGAAGAGUUGGUACAAAAAUUAGAUACGAAAAACUGGUCAAGUGGAACUACUCAGAAAGAACCAAACAUCUGCUUCCUAUUUCCAGGACAGGGAACUCAAUACAGUGGAAUGGGUAGACAACUUUAUGACACGUUCCCCGUUUUUAGAGAGCAUUUUGAUUUGUGUUUCCAACUAAUUCUCAAUAUGUAUGGACUUAACAUCAAACACGCGCUUUAUGGAGAAAAAAUACCAAACGGUCAUCUCAAGCAAACAUUGUACGCUCAGUGGUCAAUUUUUGUAAUAGAAUAUUGUCUGCUUAAAUUAUGGGCAUCACUUGGGGUACAUCCAUCAAUUGUCAUUGGCCAUAGUUUAGGCGAGUUUGCUGCAGCAACCGCCGCCUCACUAAUAACUCUUGAAGAUGCCAUCAAGAUAAUUGGAAAACGGUGCAAGCUAGUUGAGACUCUGCCAGCUGGAAAAAUGUUGGCUGCAGGGACUGACAGCGACACCUGUACGGCGUUAAUUGCUAGAUUUUUAAAGGAAAGACCUACUACAAACGCAGACUGGUUGGAUAUUGCUGCAUACAACUCCAAACAACAAACUACCAUAUCCGGACCAUCUGUUACGAUCGAUGAAUUCGCAAUAUUUUGUGUUAACAAUGGAGUAAGAACUGCAAUACUUGAUGCCUCUCACCCAUUUCACUCGAGAGCUUUGGAUUCUAUUAUUAAUAAAUUUAAAGAUUCCUUAGUCACCCUGAACCAAACGGCUGAGACACCAACUUGUAAAUUCAUUUCUUGUGUGGAUGGUACUCACAAAGCAACAAUAACUUCAGAGUAUUGGAUUUCAAAUUUAAGAGAAUCAGUCCAAUUCCUUCAAGCAACCGAAACAAUCGAAAAGCAAAUACAACGUGAUGAUUCUGGUCGACAGUACAUCUUCCUCGAAAUCGGCCCACAUCCGGUCCUUUCAAGCUUACUUCGUUCCAACUUAGCAUUUGCUCCUCAAUGUAUCAAAUCCAUGAGGAGAGGUGGCAACGAACUAGAAGUAUUCCUCGACGCUCUUGGUAGCCUGUUUGUUCACGGAGUUUCGGUUGACUUUGGGAAUUUUCAUCGAGUUCAUCACACAAACAAAGUAUCCCUACCGUUCUAUCCAUUCCAGAGAAAGUCGUUUUGGUUUCCUUUCCAAUCUGAUGAAACUCAUGAUUGCCCGUCUACGAUAAAGGACAUGGUGCAUCCAUUAUUAGGAAGACGGGUAGAACAACCUGAGAAAUCUGAAAUUAGUGUCGAGAGAUUCGAAAAUAUAAUCUCCACCGAGUCCAACCAAUGGAUAGGAGAUCAUUGUAUCGGACAAAAUGCAAUGAUGCCAGCCGCAGGGUUCCUCGAGAUGACUUUGGCGUCGCGCUACUUAACGCUAGUUGACAAUGACACUAGAAACUUUACAAUUGACAAUUUUAGUAUUCAAAACCCGGGUUUUCUAGGAAAGAAAGGAUCAAUUUAUCACACUGUAUUAGAGGGAGCUAUGGUUAAAAUUUUCAGCCAGGUCGACACGGGUGUGUGGAUAUUGCAUUCCCAAGGUACAAUUAACGAGUCCUGGUCAAAGGAUGGGAAUGGCAGUAAAGAUGCCCUACCACUAUUUGAACGAGACAUUACCCCACCAUCAAGCUCAAGGGUAGUACCCUACGAAAAAUUAACCUCAGAUGGAUAUAAUUUUGGACCAUGCUUUCAAUGCAUUACGUCCGUCUGGGAGGAUCAGAACUUAAACAAGUGUGCAAAAGGCAACAUUGAUCCGGCCAUAGUUGAUGGAAGAUUCAUCUUGCAUCCCGUUAUAUUAGACAGUAUGCUACAGUUUUUCAUCAUGUCAAUCGAAAACCCGUCCCCCCCGGGUACCAUCGGUCUUCCUGUUACAAUUCGACGCCUCUCUGUUUACAACAUGAAUCAAGAUAACCAACCAACUGAUUUGCCUUCACAGUUCUACCUCAAGAAAUGUCGUCAAUCAGAAAUAAUACAUUUAUACAAUUCUGUGGGCAAGCCGUUAGCAUCAUUGGAGGGAAUUGACCUGAUUUCAACCACAUUGUCAAGUUUGGACGAAAAGCCGCAGUCCAGUCUAAAUCGGACUAGGCAGUGCCCAUUAUUUGAAUUGGAGUGGCGUAAGGAUUUGAUUUCAGCACCAACGACUAAGCUAAUUUCGUCAGACGGUGCGCCAAAACAUAGAACAUGGCUGAUUUUCGGAUUGGAUGACACCUUUACAAAAGACUUAAUCCGACAACUCAGCAUAGCCGGAGAAACCGUUGUAUUAAUUACAAUUGGGUCGGGGGAAAUAAUGACAACGGAAUAUAUUGAAACCAUGGGGGAUAGCAAGGAGGCAUUCUUGAACAUCUUCUCACAAUUUCCUGAAUCUGAAGGAGUAAUCUUUGCCUGGGGAAUGAAGUCGGUGUUCGAUCAUUCAAUAAUUGAAAAAUGGUUUUACCUACUUCAAGCAAUAGCUUUAUCACCCAUGCAUUUGUCAAAAUUAUUGCUUCUAACGCAAGGGAUGCAAUGUGUUUCGAUUAAUGCAGAACAGGCAGAGAAAAAACCAUCCGCGGCUUUACUGGGAGGAAUGAUGCGUUCAUUUAAAUCCGAAAAUUCCAUGCUAACUUGCAAGUUAAUUGAUCUAGAUUUCUUCAAUCACGAAAAUGUUGAAAAUAUUAUUCAUGAAAUCAACGAGAACCCAAACGCCGCAAGUAGUGGAAAUUGUAUUUGCUACAAAGAUGGGGUUCGACUGAGUCAAAAAUUGAUGGAGCUUAAACCUUCCAAUUUCCUACAGUUACCAAACACUGCCAGAUUUCGAAUUCAACUUCCCACUUCAAAUCUGGUUUCAGAUCUAAAGUUCAUAGAUAUGCAGCCAGCUGUAAAUUUGGGGGACAACGAACUUGAAAUUAAGGUUAGUGCUUAUUCGCUAAACUUUCGGGACAUCUUCGCAGUGCUAAAACCAUCAGAAGCCUUUAAGAAAGAAGAUAUUGUUGGAACCGAUUUUUCGGGGGUUAUUUGUCGAACUGGAAAUUCGGUAGAUAAAUAUCAAGUUGGGGACAUGGUCUUUGGAGUCCAUGCACAAAACGUGGCGAUAUCAUCCCAUGUUACAACCUCUGAAAAUAUGGUUUGCACGUUACCUCAGUUUUUAACCCAUGAAGAAGCGUCCACUUUACCCACUGUUGGCUUGACCGUUUAUCUAUGCCUGCAAAUUAUUGCUAACAUGAAAAAGGGCGACACAAUCCUAGUUCAUGCAGCUUCUGGAGGGGUUGGAUUAGCCGCUGUACAGGUUGCAAAUAGAGUUGGAGCAAAUGUCAUAGCCACAGCUGGGAGUCCGAGGAAGCGAGCGUACCUGAAGCAUAUUAUUGGAAUAAAACAUGUCUUCAACUCGAGGAACUUGUCAUUCGAAUCUGACGUAAAUUCUGCAACCGAUCGAGCUGGAGUCGAUAUCGUUCUUAACUCUUUGACUGGGCCUGGAUUCAAGGAAGCUUCACUAAACUGUCUUAGGAAGGGGGGAAGAUUCAUCGAAAUGAGUAAAAUCAACAUUUGGACAGAAGAAGAAUGCCUCUCACUUCGACCAGAUGUUAAAUACUCGAUUGAAGACGUUAGAUGUUCAGUCGAAAAUUCAACACUAAUAUCUCAUCUAAAAAAUGCUACAACGGAAUUAUUGCAGCCAAUACCUUACAUUCGCUUCCAUUCCCAGCAAAUUAUUGACGCAAUGCAUUUCCUGGAAAAGGCUAAACAUGUUGGGAAAGUUGUUGUUAGUAUGCCUGGUAGAGAUAAUACACUGUUUAGUGACAAAAGCAGCUAUCUCAUUACUGGUGGGCUAGGCGGAAUUGGGUGGGAAUUGAUGAAAUGGAUGCUCUUAAGUGGCGCAAAUCGGAUUAUCUUGAUGAGCAGAAGUAUUCCAACUUUGGAACGCCAAGACGAGAUUAACGAUCUUCAAAAUCGUGGUUACAAUGUAAUUUGGAGGCGUGGCGACGUAAGCGAGCUGUCUGACUGCGAAUCCGUAUUUUCCUGGAUAAAGGAGCAAUUCCCCCAAUCACCACUUAGAGGGAUAUUUCAUUGUGCUGGAGUCCUAUCGGACGCCGCAUUCGUCAAUCAGACAAAAGAAUCAUUAGACAAAGUUCUCAACCCAAAAUUUCAUGGAGGAUGGAAUCUGCACGAACUUUCUAAACAUUUAGAUCUCCAGCAUUUUGUACUCUUUUCUUCGAUUUCUUCACUAAUUGGAACCCCUGGACAAGGGAAUUACGCAGCCGCUAAUGCGUUCCUAGAUGCACUCUCCCAUUACCGAUACGCUUUAGGUCUUCCAGCGAUUUCUUUGAACUUUGGUCACUGGGCCGAAGUCGGGCUUGCUGCCGGGCAACAUAUUUCCGGCCUUCACCCAAUGUCCACGAAACAAGCUCUGGAUGCUUUAGAAAUUGCCUUAAAGUCAAAUUCGAACCAACUUUGCCCAGUUGCUAUGAAUGUUCCCAAAUUGAUGCAACGAAUUCCUUGGAUUGAAAACUUUUUACUAAAUAUACUGGAUUCAGAGGGCAGCCAAAAGAGAAAAAUGGAUUUGAUAAAGAAAGUUGAGUUGGUCACCACCGAAAUGUUUUGGGUAGAGCUUGAAGCCUGCAAUGGCAAAAUUGAUCGUUGUUCCGUCAUUCGUAACCAUAUCGAAAGGAUGAUAUCUUCAGUUCUUCAAUUGGAGCCAAACAGUGGGAUCAAUCGCAAAUUUUCUGAGCUUGGAUUGGAUUCAUUAAUGAUGAUUGAGAUUAAGAACCAAAUAUCCACCUUACUUGGCCCAAAUGUGCAGAUGAGUCUGAACGAAUUUGCUGAUAGCGAGGACCUUGACAGCCUGGUUAAUUUCAUCUCGAAACUUGUUGAAUCUAAGGACUCGCCAAAACAGGUAGACAUCUGAAAGAAACUGUAAGUUUUUUUUUCAAAAUUUGCAAUAAUUUGUAAAAAAAAACCUACAAUGAUUUAAUUAA